AACUUGAACAUUAUGGAAAAGAUUUAAUAGAGGAAGAAUUACGAGCAUGUGCUAAUAUAACAACAAUUCCAAUUGAUUUAUCCUUACAAGAUAUAUUUAACACAAAUGAUAUAUUCAAUGAUAAUGAGCCUUAUAUUACGAAUCAGAAUAUUUCUACUUCUGUUUUUACUCCAGUGAAUUCUGAUACAUUUAUAACUUCUGAGACAAAGCUUAAUGUUGAAGAUAUAGCAAAUCUCACUUUGUCUUUUUUUAAUUUUAAUAACAUGGAAUCGCAUUACGAAAAAUUUAAAUUACAAUCGAGAACAACGUCAAGCAAAGGCCGUGGAAAUAUGAACUUUGAAGUAUCGAAUAUUGUUGAUGAGGUCUUAGGAAAUGAAACUGACGAUAAUUGGCUUUAA